CCGUCCACUUUCCAUCUCUAUUCCCAGAGAAGCGGGUCUCUCCCGUCCACUUUCCAUCUCUAUUUAAAUCCACCGUUUCCGAAAGCAAACCCCAUCUCUCUCUCUACACAAUAACAACAAAAUUGUCAAAUGGCUCCAACGCCAUCGCUCGCCGGACUCCAGGUCGAGACGACUGCGUUUCCACCGUCCGUCAAACCUCCGGGCUCCUCCAACACUCUGUUCCUCGGAGGCGCAGGGGUGAGGGGGCUGGAGAUUCAGGGGAACUUCGUGAAGUUCACGGCGAUCGGAGUGUACUUGGAGGAAAACGCCGUGCCUCUGCUCGCCGUUAAGUGGAAGGGUAAGACGGCCGAGGAGUUGACGGAGUCCGUUGAGUUCUUCAGGGACAUCGUUACAGGUCCGUUUGAGAAAUUCAUUCAAGUGACAACGAUACUGCCACUCACAGGCCAGCAAUACUCUGACAAAGUUUCGGAGAAUUGCGUUGCCUUUUGGAAGUCAAUCGGAAUUUACACUGAUGCAGAAGGCAAAGCCAUUGAAAAGUUCCUUGAGGUCUUCAAAGAUCAAAACUUCCCACCCGGCGCCUCCAUUCUUUUCACGCAAUCUCCCAAAGGAUCACUAACGAUUAGCUUCUCUAGAGAUGCAUCUGUACCUGAAGCUGCAAACACGGUGAUAGAAAACAAACUACUUUCCGAGGCAGUUCUAGAGUCGAUCGUUGGAAAGCACGGUGUUUCUCCUGCAGCAAAGCAAAGUUUGGCCGCGAGGUUAUCUGAAUUGUUGAAUGGGUGCAAGGAAUCUUAUCGUGCUGAAGCCGGAAAUGAAAAAGUGGAGGCAUGAAAACUGAGAGGAGAAAUAAAACUUGAGAGGGAUUCCUGUUCUGUGCUUAGUGAAUUAUUUACAUACAAUCUAUGAAGCUAUAGGAAAGUGCUAUGUCUUAUUUAAUUUAAAGAAAAAUGAUCAUGUUUUAUGAGGAAUAUUAGUGUUGUUUUGUUAUGUUUAAUUCAAAUCAACAAAUAUGGAUGUCGAUUGGUAAAUA